AUGGUUCACCAAUUGCUUCUAUGCUCGAGUAUAUCUCAAAGCAACUAUAUUCAAACAGUCUCCACACUACAAGCAUUAACAGGAGUGCUACAUCCACAAGACAUUGCAACAUACACCCUUCUAACGAAGCCUCAUAAUGUAUUCAAGCCAAAAUUCGAACCAGGCAAGGUGAAUCAGAUAGAACAAUAUUACAUGAAAUGUUCGACAACUUGGAAUGAUGAAGCUGCUCUGGAAUUGAACCUAUCACAGCCAAUUAUAGCGGGUAAGUCAGACAUUCGUGUGGAAAGGCUUUUCUCUGGUAAGAAGGUUAAACAUUGGACAUUGCAGAUAUCUGAUAUUCCGAACGCAGGCAAGAACCCUGUACUGGCGCAUAAUUUCUAUGAAAGUACACUUGUUCAUCAUCAUACCGGUAAGAAUGUUCUCAUAUCGUCGACCCUGCCAAAGGUAGAGACAAGUGAAGAAGCUAAGGUAGAAGCCAAGGUGGAAGCUAAGGACGAGGCAAAAGAAGAGAAAAAGGACGAUACGAAAGAGGCAGAAAAAGAAGAAGCAAAGGACGAUGAUAUCAUGCAAAUUGACGGUCCAGCCAAGGAGGACUCCACUGAGAAAGACAAGGGAGAUGAAGACCUCAUGGAAAUAGAACCCGAAGGCUUGCCAAAAACGAAUGGCGAAGGGGCGGAGGUCACUGAGAUCACUGAUAUUCCAGACUUUGCUGACAUACCCGAUAGUAAGGAAACCAACGAGGGUGAUGCUAUAAAAAAAGAAGAAGAAAAAGAACCGAAGACGCAAGUGGGUGAAACCAACUCGGAAGUGAAAGACUCAUUUCUUCAAUUUCUCGAGGAAUUGGGAUACGACGUGGUCAAUCAGUACUGGCAAAAGGGUAUACGCUUCUUUCAUGGUGACAUCGUAAUUGAAAUAUUUAAGAUUCUCGUUAGAGAUGACGAUCCCUCCGGUGCAGCAGAAGACCUGAAACUAAAACUCAAACUAUUGGAUGAGUCCAACACUUUCCAGAUCAAAGCUUUCAUUAAUUACCAAAAGGGCGCAAGUGUCGAUUUGGUCAACCAAGGCACUAAAGACUUGGUGAAGAUCAAAGAGCUUCUACACAACCUAUUCGAAUUGGAAGUUCCCGAUAGGAUGUACAUGGAUGCUCGUGUUAAUAGAAACCAGUAA